AUGUAUGUUCAACUCAAAAUAAUUAAUUUUUACAAAACACACCAAAAACCAAAUUUAAGAAUUGUUUACUUUUUUUUUUUUUUUGGUUUAGAAACAUUCUUCUCUAUAAUUAAUCCAAAUGAUUUAACAUUUUUCAAUUAUGUUAUUGGUGUUAAUAAUCUUGAUUUAACCAAAAAACCAAACUCAUCAGUGGAUGAAUUAAUUUAUUUCUUUGAUUAUUUAGAUUCUUGUUGGAGUUCCCUAAUGAAAUCAUCCAAUCAAAAUUCAAAACCAAUCCCAUGGGGUUUAUUAUUAAGUAAUUUAAUUAGAUGGUAUGAUUCAAAUACAAUCGAGGCAUUAAUUAACAAUAUACUUUAA